AUAACAUUUCUCAUUAUAUCUUUUAUCCACUGCAUUAAGUUGUUUAUGGUGACACUUUGGAUUUAGCGAUGGAAUCUAAAGACAAUCGACCGUCUCCACUCCACUAAAAAUACCAUUUCCAAUAUUUUUAUUUUAUUUUAUUAUUUGAUGAAAACCCCACCAAUUUGCAUAGUCCACGUUACAAAUUCCAUUCUUAACAAGUUCCCAACAACAACCAACAACCUCAAUUUACGAUCCAAAUUCAAUUUUCAAUUUUGAAUUGAAGUUGAGAGUCGAAAGAAGAAAAGGAUGCUGUGUUUGGGCAUAAUUGGUGGGGUCACAACAAAAUGCCUUCAGUUCUACGAUUCCCGUUACAGAACAAAUAACAAAAAAUUCAUUAAUCUAAACAACAAAACCAGUUUCAAUUUCAACACGAGGUGGCGUUUCAUGGCACUUGAAUCUGAUUCUUCUUUUGCAUCUUCUACUGAUUCUGAUACCACCGCAGCUACUGGGUUUUGCAUCAUAGAAGGCCCUGAAACUGUACAAGAUUUUGCGAAGAUGGAACUUCAAGAAAUUCAGGAUAAUAUUCGUAGUCGAAGGAACAAGAUCUUUUUACAUAUGGAAGAGGUUCGUAGGCUUAGAAUACAGCAAAGGAUUAAAAAUGCUGAACUUGGAAUUUUUAAAGAAGAGCAAGAGAAUGAACUUCCCAACUUUCCAUCAUUCAUUCCAUUCUUGCCUCCUUUGACUUCAGCGAACCUCAAGCAGUAUUAUGCAACUUGUUUUUCUCUUAUCGCGGGAAUAAUUCUUUUUGGUGGUCUUCUUGCUCCCAGUUUAGAGCUUAAGCUUGGAGUAGGGGGCACAUCUUAUGCAGAUUUUAUUCAAAGUAUGCAUCUUCCCAUGCAGUUGAGUCAGGUUGAUCCCAUUGUAGCAUCAUUCUCUGGUGGAGCAGUUGGGGUAAUCUCUGCAUUAAUGGUUGUUGAGAUAAACAAUGUAAAACAACAGGAACAGAAAAGAUGUAAAUACUGUCUUGGUACUGGAUAUCUUGCAUGCGCUCGCUGUUCAAAUACAGGAGCACUUGUUCUCAUUGAACCGGUAUCCACCUUCAACGGUGGAGAUCAGCCUCUAUCACCACCAAAAACUGAGAGAUGUUCAAAUUGCUCCGGAUCUGGCAAGGUCAUGUGUCCAACAUGUCUUUGCACUGGAAUGGCCAUGGCAAGCGAACAUGAUCCACGUAUUGAUCCUUUUGAUUAGAGGUUUAAUAUUGUGAUAGAUAUCCUAAGUAGCCAAUUUGAAAUUGUAUGAUGAGUAUGGUAUGGUGUAAUGGAAUUUUUGUAAAUAUGUAUGAAUAAAGUAAUAUGCAAAAGAAAGAGGUUAAGGAUCUAAAGACAAUUUUCUUUACAACAAUGAUACAUGACAUUUCAUAUUCUUCAACGCUCAUUCAACA